AUGAUCUUGAUUCUUAUUGUUCUCAGUAGCUUUUUUGCAAAUGAUUACAAUAGAAUUCCUCAAAAGCAAUUAAAUGAGCAAGUUGUGCAAGAACUAAUUGCAGAACCUGAAAACUUAUCUAAUUCAACUUCAUCUGAAGAAACAACAACAUCCUCAUCAUUUUCAUCUGAAGAAACAACAUCCUCAUCUUCUACUUCAUCCGAAGAAACAACAUCAUCAUCUUCUACUUCAUCUGAAGAAACAUCUUCGUCAUCAUCUUCAGAAGAAACAACAUCAUCAUCAUCUUCUUCAUCUGAAGAAACAACAACAUCAUCAUCUUCAUCUGAAGAAACAACAUCAUCCUCAUCUUCUUCAUCUGAAGAAACAACAUCAUCCUCAUCUUCAUCUGAAGAAACAACAUCAUCAUCUUCUUCAUCUGAAGAAACAACGUCAUCAUCAACUUCAUCUUCUGAAGAAACAACAACAUCAUCCUCAUCAUCCUCAUCUGAAGAAACAACAACAACAUCAUCUUCAUCUGAAGAAACAACAUCAUCCUCAUCUUCUUCAUCUGAAGAAACAACAUCUUCCUCAUCUUCAUCUGAAGAAACAACAUCAUCCUCAUCUUCUUCAUCUGAAGAAACAACAUCAUCCUCAUCUUCAUCUGAAGAAACAACAUCAUCAUCUUCUUCAUCUGAAGAAACAACAUCAUCCUCAUCUUCAUCUGAAGAAACAACAUCAUCCUCAUCAUCCUCAUCUGAAGAAACAACAUCAUCUUCAUCUUCAUCUGAAGAAACAACAUCAUCCUCAUCUUCUUCAUCUGAAGAAACAACAUCUUCCUCAUCUUCAUCUGAAGAAACAACAUCAUCAUCAACUUCAUCUUCUGAAGAAACAACAUCAUCAUCCUCAUCAUCCUCAUCUGAAGAAACAACGUCAUCAUCAACUUCAUCUUCUGAAGAAACAACAUCAUCAUCCUCAUCAUCCUCAUCUGAAGAAACAACAUCAUCCUCAUCUUCAUCUGAAGAAACAACAUCAUCCUCAUCUUCUUCAUCUGAAGAAACAACAUCAUCCUCAUCUUCAUCUGAAGAAACAACAUCAUCAUCUUCUUCAUCUGAAGAAACAACGUCAUCAUCAACUUCAUCUUCUGAAGAAACAACAACAUCAUCCUCAUCAUCCUCAUCUGAAGAAACAACAACAACAUCAUCUUCAUCUGAAGAAACAACAUCAUCCUCAUCUUCUUCAUCUGAAGAAACAACAUCUUCCUCAUCUUCAUCUGAAGAAACAACAUCAUCAUCUUCUUCAUCUGAAGAAACAACAUCAUCCUCAUCUUCUUCAUCUGAAGAAACAACAUCAUCAUCCUCAUCAUCCUCAUCUGAAGAAACAACAUCAUCUUCGACUUCAUCUGAAGAAACAACUUCAUCAUCAUCCACCAAUUCUGAAGAAACAACAGCAUCAUCAUCCACCAAUUCUGAAGAAACAAUACCAUCUUCUACUUCAUCAGAAGUUGAACCAAUUGUACCCACAUCUACAACAGUUGUAAUCCCAUCACCAUCUUCAACGCCAAACAAUAACUCUAAUAAUCAAGAUCAAAGAAAUGCUAAGGGCAGUAGCUCAACAAUUAUAAUUAUUGUUGUUGUCGUUGUUGUUAUUAUUAUAAUUAUCAUUGUUGUGGUAAUUUUUGUUAGUAAGAAGAAAAAGGAAGCCACAGCUGCUGAGUCAUCGGAAGGUGGAUCAGCUUCAUUCUAUGAAAUGGGCAAUGAAACACCAAUUGAUAUCGUUACUGAGGAUAAUAAAACGCAGACAUCCCUAUGGUGGCAGGCAAGCUUGGAAUCAGGUAAUGAUGGCCAUAUCGAAGUGUUUGAAGAUGUACCGGAUGAAGAACCAUCAGAUAAAAAUAACCAAGGUAAUGCCGAAAACAAUGAUAUUUGGCUUUAA